AUGCCUCAUGUUGUCCAACUUGACCCGAAGUCACCACAACUCUUGCAUACUGUGUCGAGUGAAGUGUAUGAUCAGGACACCCGGUGGAUCACGGCCGCGAUGGCGAACUUCUGGGAUCUUCCAAGGCCGGUCAGGGAUCAUAUCUACCGGCUGCAUUUGGUCAGAGAAGACAAGAUUAACAAGGCCGAGCACGACAAGAUCGCUACGCACUACAGCUAUCAUCGGGAUAGGCGAACGCGCGCACCAUCAAUCUGCGGUGUGUCAGAAGAUGCAGACGAAGAAGCUGCGCCUAUUUACUACAGCGAGAACCACUUCGAAUUCAAACGCUACUCGUCGGUGUGGUACCUCCCCGACAUUGCGGUGUUCCUCUCAUCAACGAGUACAAGCCACGCGCGGCUCAUCCGAACCCUCUCCGUGGACUGGCCGGACCGCUAUGCCAGGGAGGCUUUCUUAGAGGUCGCAAAAUUGGAGAGGCUCGAGAAGCUGCUUGUUGGAGUCGACGAGGCCGGUAUGGUGCAAAGCAUGGCCAAGAGACGACAUUAUCAGCAUUGGUAUCAGAGCUUGGGAGCAUCCCCGCAGCAACAGCUUGCCGUCCAACGCCAUCCUGGUAUGACCGGCCUCCUUGCAAUCACGGGAGUUCCUCACGUGGAGUUCGUGAAGACGCACGGCUACUCUGGGGAGGAGACCGCGGGUCCAAUCGCCGGUGGCUAUCUCGAGACCGAAGUCGUGCCGAAGCUGAUGGCUCACAUAGCACCCAAGCCCAGGAAGAAGAAGGGCAAGUUUCGAUUCUUGGACCUACCUCCUGAGCUUCGCAAUCGUGUCUAUUCCCUGCUUCUCCGUAUGGAAGGGCCCGUCCAUCCUUCCCCGAAGCCACCCAGCUCCACUGGGAGGAAGGAGAAGACCGGGCCAUGCUCCGCUCUGAGUAUCCUGGCCGUCAAUCGUGAGGUGCACGAUGAGACUGUCGGCAUCUUCUACCAUUACAACCAGUUCGAGUUCUACUUCCCAACACAGCUCCAUGCUUUCUUGCUCAGCCUCAGUCCGCAACGUCAGAGCUUCAUUCGAGACAUCACCCUGCAUUAUCACAAUGCCAAGAGCGGCGGCAUCGAUCUUGCGGAACUCACUUUCCCAAUGCUCAAGCAGCUGACUGGUCUACGACGAUUGCUCGUCAAGCUCGAGACAAAGGCCUGGGGGCGGAGUUGGUGGCACCACAACAAUACUUUCGGACUCCGAGACGGCAAUCCCAGCGCGCUACCCGGCAUGAAACACCUUUUCAACCUACGAGGCAUUCUCGAUAUCAAGGUCGAUGAUACCGAGUUGCAGAGCCGCAUUGACAAGUCAAAGAAGGACGACAAAUGGCCAAACUUCCCAACGAACAAUGCGGCGAGCAGUCACGUCAAGCUCGAGCUCAUCCUCAAGCACUUCAACGAUGCGCUUGCCGAUGCCCAGAAAGGGAAGGUCAAUACGAAGCUGCUCGAGGACGACGAGUGGCAUAAGAAGAAGGACUUCCCAGCGAUUGAUGAACACGAAGACGAAGAUGAAGAUGAGGAUGAGGAUGAGGAUGAAGAUGAGGAUUGGAAGCCCUGA